UCUACUCCUCCAUCAUCUCUAUAUAUCUCGACUAUAUUCUAGUCGCUUGUCAUUCUUUGAACACAACUUCACGUUCACUAUGCCUGCCUUCACCAAAUCUAUCCCUGUUGCGCUUCUCGUUGGUGCCUCUGCUCUUGCAAGCCCAAUCGCUCCCCAGAACAUGACCGGCCAAGAUCUUUGUAUCACGCCAUGCAUACUCAGCACUGGUCAUCAAAUCUGCGCUCUCCCAUACAACGAUAUCAACACUGACGAUCCCGCCACGUUCACGAAAUUCUGCCCGUCCAACAUUGAUAUCUCCACUUUUGAGAAAUCUGUAAAGGAAUGCAAAAUUGCAUUGAACGGCAACUACGUUAAUGGCAACGCCUCUUUGAACUCGUCUUCGACUUCUAAUUCGAACUCCACUCUCCAAUCCAACGCCGCCCAGUCUACCGUUCUCAAUGCGGCGACCCCUCAGAAUGGUUCUGCCCCAGGAGUAAUGGAAAAUGGCAGUGUCGGUCUUCAGACGAAUGGUCCUGCUCGUACCUCCGUCUCAGGUCCCGCUGAAAAUACUCGCGUCGGUCUCGCUCAGACUAAUGGGCCUGCUAGAGUUUCCGAGUCUGCCUCAGAGUCUGGUUCUCCUAGUUCCACUCUCGGUAAUAGUCUUGCAGCCGACCUUUCUGCCUCUUCUACGAACUCUGACCUGUCUACCUUUGGCGUUGACACCGGCGCUGGUUCUUCUUCGAGUCCCGGAACAAUCACCGGUCUGUCUGCCAGCCCAAGUCUUCCGUCUCACUCCGGAGUGGAUCUUUCGACUCUUACUGGUCUUGCCAAUGGACUCGGGCUGAGCUACGGUGUUCCAUCGGUCAACACCGGGUCUACUACCGCAUCUGCAUUUCAACAUCUCUCUGCUGACGUACAGCCAGAUUCCAUCAGCAGUCCAGCUCGCAACGGGGUUACUAAUACCACCAAUGGUCACUCCACUGGCACUGGCACUUCUGUAACCCGACCCAACCAGGUCACCAACUCUGUCAGCCAUCAGUCGUCUAGCGUUAGUCCUCCAGACGUUUCCGAGUCUGCUAAUGGACAGAUAGGUACUAGUCCUUCGAGCCGUGUCGCUGUCGCCGACCCCGUUAACAAAAAUACCGCUGGUGGUCCUUCAGGUCGUGUAGGCAUUACCAGACCCGCUCAGCCUAGCACACCAAGCAUCCCAUCCAUCUCUGGUCCUCUCGAUGUUUCCCAAUCUACUGGAAGCCAAACGGGUUCCUCUACCGGUGUUGAGGUUUCCGGUUCCGCUAAACCUGGCAAUGCAUCUGGUACUUCGGCUCAUGUCAACGUCGCCAGCUCUGGCGCUGCUCAAUCCAGUCCCUCUUCUUCAGACCGACUUGACAUUCCUUCGGCGGACGAACAAGUCGGCUCUAGUGUUUCAAACAACCUCGAAACGUCUGUUUCUAAUGGUGCGAACAUUGGCCAAACUGCAACGCAAAAAGCCUCGCUCGCUGUGUCGGAGGAUUGCUGCACAUAGGUACAGUAAGGUGAAAGUAUGGCUGCAGGAAUAUGAUUUUUGUGAUAUAUAUCACACGAUUGUACAGUAUUGUACUUUAUUUCAACGAUCUUCUGAAAGAGCUGUAUGCUUGUGAAUUUUA